AUGGAUCCAUCAUAUGAUUAUUUUGUAAAAAUACUCUUCCUUGGUGAUCGUAAAGUUGGAACAAAAUCACUUCUCCUUCGUUAUUCUGACAAUACCUUCUCAGAUACUUAUUACUCCGCUCUCGGAGUUGACUUUAAAAUUCGUACCAUUGAAAUGGAUGGAAAAACAUUGAAAUUACAAAUAUGGAAUGCCAUUGAAAAUCAUCCAGGUUAUUUCAAAGAUGCACACGGUGUAUUUAUCGCCUACUCAAUCACUGACCAAUCCUCCUUCGAUAAUGUCAGUCAAUGGAUUAAUGAAGUUGACAAGGCAGCUCCUGUAGAUAUUACAAAAUUUUUGGUUGGUUGUAAAUCAGAUCUAACCGCUGAGAGAGUAAUUGAACGUUCAGAGGGUGAACAAUUAGCAAACCGGUAUGAUAUGCCAUUCAUUGAGACGAGUGCAAAAUCUUCGGCCAAUGUUGAGGAAGCUUUCAUAAGAAUGGUUUUGGAAAUUAAGAAGAAUUUGGAUAAUAAACCUAAAGCAGCAACAGUAACAAGCACAACAAAAUUGUCAGAUAAGAAGGCAAAGAAGGAAGGUAAUGAGAAGAAAUGUAUCAUUUGUUAA